UUCCAGCACCCGCCCGCAGUCGGCAGCAUGGAAGCUCGCAGCAGCAAGGAAGGCGGCCUGGGCCGCGCCGUGUGCGUGCUGACCGGGGCGUCCCGCGGCUUCGGCCGCGUGCUGGCUCAGCUCCUGGCCGGGCUGCUGUCGCCAGGCUCCGUGUUGCUCCUAAGUGCCCGCAAUGACGAGGCGCUGCGACAGCUGGAGGCCGAGCUGGGCGCCGAGCGGCCCGGCCUGCGCGUGGCGCGGGUGCCCGCCGAUCUGGGCUCGGAGGCCGAUUUGCAAAAGCUGCUCCGGUCCCUGCGCGAGCUCCCCAGGCCCGAGGGGCUGCAGCGACUGCUGCUCAUCAACAACGCGGCCACUCUUGGAGAUGUUUCUAAAGGCUUCCUGAACUUGAGUGACCCAACCGAAGUCAACAACUAUUGGGCUUUGAACUUGACCUCCACGCUCUGCCUGACCUCUGGCAUCCUGAAGGCCUUUCCUGACAGUCCUGGCUUCAGCAGGACAGUGGUUAACGUCUCAUCUGUCUGUGCCCUGAAACCCUACAAGGGCUGGGCAUUGUACUGUGCAGGGAAGGCUGCUCGUGACAUGAUGUUCCAGGUCCUGGCCUCUGAAGAACCUAGUGUGAGAGUGCUGAGUUAUGCCCCAGGUCCCUUGGACACAGACAUGCAGCAGUUGGCCCGGGAGACCUCCGUGGACCCAGACUUGCGCAAAAGUCUGCAGGAGCUAAAGGCAAAGGGGAAGCUGGUAGAUUGCAGGAUGUCAGCCCAGAAACUGCUGAACUUGUUGCAAGCGGACCUGUUCCAGUCUGGAGCUCAUAUAGACUUCUAUGACAAAUAAGCCCAUGUCCUUGGCUUCCUGGCCUUUCUCCCCUGUUUUUGGGCAUUCCUCAGGAAUUCCGUGGCUGUCCAUGUCCUGCCACAGUGACCCUAUCAACACUACCUUCCUGGGAGUGGCUGAUAUUACCAGUUGUCAGAAGUCUGUUGUGCAGUCUGGUAAUGAGGACACUGUACAGGUUUGGGAGGGAGGUUGUAGGUAUUGGAGCUCUCUAUCCCCAGGAAUAGAAUUUUAGGAAGAGCAGGAUGAGAAGCUAACACUGAAGAGAAGAGUUUGGGUCUCUUACCCUUGGUCAGUCCGUGGGGAGAGGGAAGGUGAUCUAGUGUGAACUAUGAGGGGAGGGAGGACAGUGUGAGUUUGAUACCCUUGCUUAGUAUAAUGGGACCUUCUGUUGAACUUUGUGUCCUCAUUCUGAUACCUGCUUCCUCCAGAACCCACUGUCCUCUCUCAGCUCAAGUCUGUGCACAUGGCAAAGGCAGAUACAAAUAAAAUGUGGAUUGUCCUUCAUUAGCACUUGCUUUCUCGUCUUCUAGAAGGCCCAGGACUAACUCCUGGUU